ACAGUAUAUAAAUCAUCCACUUGGACAAGAAAAUACACACAACACAAACACACAGGCACACUCUUGAUUUCCUAGUGUUCUCCGUCUAGUUGCAGAUCUUUUUCUUCAAUGGCCACCCUCAUUGCUUCUGUUCAAAUCUCUGGUGGACUUCCUCUGAAGUCACGUGAUUGUUCGUUCGCAAGGUCCAAUUUGCAUGGCAGCACUGUGCCACUGGCAUUUCAAAGGAAACUGAAUCAACCAAAAACCAAGCGGAGCUUGGCUGUUUGUGCAGAGUACGGUGAUCAAAGAGGUGGAAGUGGUGGAGAUUUCUUGGCCGGCUUCCUUAUAGGCGGGGCAUUAUUUGGAACUCUUGGAUAUGUUUUUGCACCACAGAUAAGAAGAUCCCUGCUAAAUGAAGAUGAAUAUGGUUUUCGGAGAGCCAAGAGACCAAUUUACUACGAUGAAGGUCUAGAGAAAACCAGGGAGACUCUGAAUUCCAAAAUCAGUCAACUUAAUUCAGCUAUUGACAAUGUGUCGACAAGGUUGAGAGGAGGUAAAACUAAGCCUCCAGUUCCCAUGGAGAAUGAGGCAGAUGAAGCCACAAUGUAGAUCUGCAUGUAUUUGUCUGGAAUUGUUUCAUAAUUAUGUAUGGUCAGGAGUUCUGCGGUGAAUGGAUUUGAAUUUGGGUAAAGUUUUCUUUUAAAAGCUCUGCUAAAUACAUGUAAAUCACUUGGGAAAACUUGUUAGACGUCGCGCGCCAUGCAUAGAUGUUUAAAUUACAGCUGAUGAUCUUUCUAUCUAAUAAAAUAAGAUUAGUCUGUCAUACAA